GAACGAGUGCGCAUUUUUGCGCAUCUCUCCGGCCAGACUUGUUCAUGGUCUGCCAUUGCUUGGUGUGCUGACAUCGCCAAUCGAGAAAGCACUUGAAUCAAUCAUUCAGGUCUAAGUUACACGAUACUUUGUCUGUGCCAAUUUCAGGACGCUAUCCGAGUGUUGGAUAGCUGAUUCCCAGGUAUGAUUCCAGUUUUGGAUGAGAAAGCCGAACGCUUGUGUGUCUAUUCAGCACCAUCAAACUAGGACGAGAUUUCGAAUUCAAGUGUCUGAUCUGUGAUCAAAAUGAGCACCGGAUUUGCCCGAUUGAACGAGCAUAUGGGAUCCACUGAUCCCAUAUUCUCAACUCCCAGCUCGGGUGGGUCCUUUUGGCAACGCCUACCUGCCAUUCAUUUCUCGAAAAAAGUGAUCAUCGUUUCACUAUGCCUCUUAGUCACACUACUUAUCCUGGUUAUUGGGAUUUCCCUCACUGUGAGUCGAUCAUCCUCUCAAAGACCUGGAGCCUUGGUGUCCAAUGGGACCACAUCGGGCACAACUUCAAGGCCAAUGGUUUCCAGUUCUACCUUGGCUGGACCUACGAGUACUUCCUCCAUAACAACUUCCACAGGUUUUUCGGUUAAUUCAACCUUGAGUACCACUAAUGAACCACCAACAACCCCAAUGGUACCAGAGGAGCCACGUUUAAACACAACCACUAAUGGAACAUCCUCGAACACAACAAGUGCCAUAUCUACAAGCACCUCAACCGUCCCACCUUUAACAACUGCAGCGCCAUCUGUCAUCCACAAUCAUACAUCUGGUUUCAUUGCCAAAGUGUACGUUGAACAGUUGUCUAGAAACGAACUCUACCAUGUGGAUCUAAAUGGACAGAACACUGAGUCAUUGGGACCCAUAUAUGAUACUAUUGAAGACAUGGUCUACCAUGAGGCAGAUGAAUGUAUUUAUAUGUUCAAGUCUUUUUCAAAAAACGGCACCACUAUAACCCGAAGAUGUUUUGAAGACGAUUGGUCGGAAACCCUGAUAUUUCAAGAUGCCUUAUCGCCCUCUAUGGCUGGUUGUAUGGCUUUGGAUUGGAUUGGAAACAAUAUCUUUUGGACCAACUUCAACGCCAAAACGGGAGGAAGUGACCUUGAGGUUCUGAGCUUGGAUGGGAAAUCCAAAGCCAAACUUCACUUGGACCAAUCUCCCAGUUACAUCCUGUUCAUUGCUUUGGCUCCUCCUGAGGGACUACUCUUUGCUUAUUCUUACACUGGGGAGCUUACCCGCAUGAUGAUGGAUGGAUCCAAAGGGCUUAUUCUUACUGCAAGGAAUGUCUUCCCCAAUGCUGUUGCAUUGGAUGUGAAGCGACAUCAGGUUCUAUCCCUGGAAUACAAAGAUGAAUAUCUCGUCGCAUCGGAUUACAGUGGUAAAACGAUUCGAACUGUGCGAGUAAUGGGUGAGAAUUCUCACGAAAUCGAAUUGGGCGACGAUCGGAUGUACUGGUUAGGCGAUCCAACCCGGCGAAAAAUUUAUUCCACGCGUCUGAAUGGCACCGAUGACGUGGAUGUAUUUGAUAUUGGACAAGGCUUAACCAUCCUCAACUUUGUGCCUCUCACUCGCCACGUUCAAGAGCCGGUUCCAGAUCAUCCCUGCUCCGUAGACGCAACUUGUGGGUCAGAUAUAUGUGUACCCAUGGGCAAGCAAUUGGAUUCUUGGUCCCAUACAUGUCUCAGCAAUACCAAAUUGGUCCAUGAAGAUCCCGAUGAGAGAGGCGAUUCCAAAAGUUGUCAUCCGAUGGAGUUUCUCUGCAACUCGACCAACUCGUGUAUUUUGGACAAUCAAGUGUGUGAUACAAAUCUUGAUUGCCCCGAUAGAUCAGAUGAAACCCAAGAGCUUUGCGAUUCUCGGAAACCUUUUCAAGAGUGUCGGGACAGUCAGCAAUUUGUUUGCAAGACUACAAACCUUUGUAUACCCUUACCUUGGGUUUGCGAUAAGUACAGAGAUUGCUUGGAUGGCUCGGAUGAGGACGGAUGUUUUUAAAGGAGUGCCAUAAUUUGUUAGCUCUUAGUCAUGGGUACAAAUGUGAUAUUGUGUAUUAAAUUAAAACUAUAUACAGGCUUGAAUGAACUGAAUCCUACACACU